AUGACAUCUGUGAUAAUACAAAAACUCAAAAAAGCUCAGCAACAAGGAAAACAAGAUAAUCGGACUAUACAGAGGUCGGUCGGACGAAAUAUCAGUGAAUUGGAAAGAGAAGAAAAAGAUUUAGAAAACUUAAUAAGAAGCGCUGCCAGGCAAAACGACAGAGGAGCUUGUGCUAUGUUAGCACAAGAGUUAACUAAGAUUCGUGCUUUAAAGUCUAGAAACUCUCGUUUUGCAGACCACAUGAACAUUGUGCAGAAAAAACAAACAACUUCACUGUACGCAGCCAAAUAUGGAGAAUCACUUGAAGCGGCUGCAACCACCAUGAAGAAUUUCAACAAGGUUAUGGACAAAACGAAGGUCCCUGAUCAACUAAAACAGUUCGAUAGGGAAGAAUUAAAAAUGGAUAUGUCUGAAGAUACCUUAGACACCAUGCUAUCUUCACUAUGCGAAUCUGAAGAGGAGGACGUUGAUGAGUACAUAACAAAAAUUUUAAGUGAACCACAAAGUCACGUACCUGAUGUGUGGCCCUCUGUUCCUGAUACAACUUUAGAAAAGUCCAGUUCCAUCUCCAGAAAAUUUCGUGAUAACAUAGUUUAA